CUUCUUUUCUUUUCUUUCUUGCUUAUUUUUUUUAUUCGCCAUUGCUAUUGCUAUUGCUAUUACCACCACUCCAAGCCGCCGCUACAUCCAUAAACUAACCUUCUAGAAAGUAAACCUUAAGUAAUGGCCAUUUAUUUCACUGGGGCGGAUCUUGUUCUCUUUGCCAUCGCGUUCUUCAUACCUCCACUCGUAAUGGUCUUCAAGCAAGGAUGUGGAUGUGAACUUCUCAUUUGCCUCUGUUUGACCCUUCUCGGACAUAUCCCAGGCGUUGUGUAUGCUUGGUGGGUCAUUUACUCAAACUGCGAGGAUCCUUUGGCGUAUCGCCCGCUCCAUAAUAACAGUCGUCCACCCCUUCGUCCGCAGACUAGUUCUCAACGUAGGACCUAUUGCGAAGUGGCUGCCUCACCUCCACCAAAUGGUACUCUUCCUGAAGCUGGUGUCAUUCACCACUACAAUAGCACUAAGAGCCAAAGUCUAUCCAAAAAAUAAAACAAUCCC